GCUUACACUAUCUCUGAUGGUCACCCCUUUCGCACCGGUUAGUAGGACACUUUCGUGCACGUUGAGCAGUUAUUCGUUUGAAUGGUGAACGAAUUCUUCUGUUGCUCAAAAGAACAACAAUGUUUUCCUCUUCCAUCCAAUUCUGAUAUCUCGUCUUCCUGCCGUACAUCGGCCGUUCAUCUCGCCGUUUUCUAAAAUUGCGGCCCCUGCUGAUUUAGAAUUACCGAUCUCAGUUGUAUUCAACAACGCAAUGGAGUCCGUUACAAUUUUGUCGGUCAAUGGUAAGCGCGCCAGCUCAUCUAGCAGUAGCAGUUCCAGUUCCAGUUCCAGUGAAUCGGGUGCGCCAAAGCUGGAUGUCAGCCAAAUGGAUGACCGCGGCAGAAACAAUUCUGCGUUUCGUAACGAUGAGGACGACAUUCCCCCAAACCAGACCUAUUAUGCAGAUGAACUGAUCGACGUACCCGAUUUGGGAAAAAAAUCGUUUAGCUUCCGCACCCUUUGGGCUUUCACCGGCCCGGGCUUUCUGAUGAGUAUUGCUUAUUUAGAUCCAGGCAACAUUGAAUCCGAUUUACAGUCGGGAGUGGUGGCUGGCUACAAGUUAUUGUGGGUGCUUAUGACGGCAACAAUCAUGGGACUGUUGGUUCAGCGUUUGGCUAUCCGAUUGGGGAUGGUUACGGGCCUGCAUUUGGCAGAGAUGUGCUACAAACAAUAUCCGAAAGUGCCCCGCCUUAUAUUGUGGAUUAUGGCCGAGAUUGCCAUUAUUGGAUCUGAUAUUCAGGAAGUCAUCGGCACAUCACUGGCCAUUUACAUUCUCUCGGAUCAAGCAGUUCCCAUCUGGGGAGGUGUCCUCAUUACAGUUUUCGACACGUUUACAUUCUUGCUACUUGACAAAUAUGGUUUACGCAAGUUGGAGCUUUUCUUCGGCUUCCUCAUUACUGUCAUGGCCAUCACUUUUGGAUACGAAUACGUUCACGACCCGCCACCGCAAAUCGAAGUCAUCAAAGGCCUCUUCAUUCCAGGCUGCGCCGGUUGCGGUCCUGAAGGUGUUCUCCGAGCUGUGGGGAUUGUCGGUGCUGUCAUCAUGCCUCACAAUCUCUUUCUCCAUUCGGCUCUAGUCAAAUCGCGUAAAGUUGAUCGCAAAGACAAGCAUUCAGUGCAGCAAGCGAACAUGUAUUUCUUCGUCGAGUCGUGCAUAGCUUUGCUGAUUUCGUUCAUUAUUAACAUUUUCGUCGUCUGCGUUUUUGCCUACGGACUCUUUGGCAAAACCAAUCAAGAUGUGCAAGACUUGUGUGCGAAUAGUACGUCAUCGUCCUCAGAACAAGAAAUCGAGGAAUUCUUCCCGGCCAACAAUGAAACUGUUGAUGCCGACAUUUACCGCGCUGGACUGUUCUUGGGCUGCCAAUACGGAGACGCAGCCAGGUACAUUUGGGCUGUCGGAAUUCUUGCGGCAGGUCAGUCUUCUACGAUGACGGGAACGUACAGUGGCCAGUUUGUUAUGGAGGGGUUCUUGAAUUUGCACUGGGCUCGCUGGAAGAGAGUAUUGCUUACGCGUACGAUCGCCAUCGCACCAACUCUUUUCUUGGCCAUCUUCGCUGACAUUCAACAGUUGACUGGACUGAAUGACUAUCUCAACGCUGUCAUGAGUUUGCAGUUGCCUUUCGCCCUGAUUCCCACGUUGACGUUUACCAGUUCGCCGAAAAUUAUGGGCGACUUUGUUAACGGGCUGUUCAACAAGAUUCUCCUCGCCAUUUUGGCGGUGGUCGUCGUAGGCAUCAAUCUCUUUUUCGUGGUUGUAACCAUUGAUGAAAACCUGCCUCACCACUGGGCGAUAUACACUGCAUUUGGAAUUUUCGGCGUUCUCUACAUGACCCUGGUCGGGUAUUUAGUUCUUCAUUUAAUCGACGCCUUUGGUGGACGUUGCUGCUCUCGACUACCGGGUAUAACUGGACUGGUCGACCAAAACCAAUAUCAUCUAACGACAAACGAAUUGACAGAAGCUUCUUCUUUAGCUAGCAUCCACUCCAUGGGAACUAGAUUAUCAAUUGAUAAGAACGGACUGAAACAUAAUGGUGAUGACGCUAAUAGCAAGGAACAAUGAUAGCCGUUUCCUCCGCCUCCGCCACAGUCAUCACGGCGGCCUUAGCGGCAGCGUUCAUGGCAAAUUUUAAUUACAGCUAUUUUUAGUAUACUUUUUUUUUUCUUAAAUCUAAAGGUGGGAAACGUCUGUCAUGCAACUGCAAUUCUUAUCGAUUCGGAUGGUUACCGAUUCAUCUUUUUACAUACCAACAAUUUUUAAAAUAGCUUUUAGACUUCCAACUGUCUGGAUUUGCAUAGCGUUUUGUCUCCUCAAUAGUUGUCUACAGCUCCCGAUUGCCUAAAUACUUGCGGCAAAGGAAGAUGUACUGUCUCUUCAGAAGAUCUGAAAGGAGUGCAAUCUUCUCAUUUUUUUAAUUAGGUUUACAAGCUAGUGAGCUGAAAAUUUCUUUGAAGAAAGAAAAGUAUACAGUCAAUCGUUGAUUCCGAGUGCCUGUUAUUUUGACGUGUUUUAUUUGCUGCCACAUCUCGUGUUUCAAUUGAUUGUUCCGGAAUUCCAGCGUAUAAUACAUAUAUGCUCCUAG